AUGCGCGACGACUCCUCGGAACUUAAACGGCAGCGCCAGCCCGCGCGCGGCGCGGCGCACACGUGCGGCCAGGCGUUAUCGUGGCUGCGUCCGGUGAAAAUCCGAGGGAGCGUGCACCGUGGCCUGUUAAUAGUCCCAGGCCUGUCAGCCCGUGCUGCCGCCUGGCGGUGGCGCGCCGCCACGCCUCCCCCCUCCACGGCGGCCGGCCCCCACCCCGCCACCACAGCCACCGGCGGCGAUCGGCCGCCAAACGCAGACCUGGAUUCCUCGGCGGGCAGGCGACAUGUGCGCGCGUCAGUGUACGCCGUGUCCACGUUCCUGGCGCUGUGGCUGGCAAGCGGCGCGGCAGCGGCCAAGGAGCCCGACAUCUGCAACUACGGGGCCGACAACGGCACGUGGUGCCGCAUCAGGACGCUGGACGCCUCCGGACCGGCGCUGGCCGCACUGCAGCUGGACCCGUACACUUCCAAGCUGCGCCUCACGUGUAGUCCCGACCUGCUAUUCGACAGCGCCUUCACCACCAAGGCGUUCAGCCGCUACCCUCAACUAGAAGACCUCACCCUCGUAAGCUGCAAACUGCGCUCGCUGCCGCCCGACGCCCUCGGAGGCCUUCCGGAGCUGAAACGUCUCAGUAUCAACAGCCACAACGGCGACUGGGGCCCAAGUCACUACCUGGAGCUCGCCCCUGGCAGCCUCCGCGGUCUCAGUGAGCUGCAGCACCUCGACUUAGCCUUCAACAACAUCCAAGCUCUUCCGGAAGGUUCCUUCUGCAGCCUGACGAACCUGCAGAGCAUCAAUUUGACCUGCAACCGAUUCACGUCCGUCGAACUGGCCGGCUACCCUCCGCAUCCGGCGCCUCCAGACUGCCUCGGAGGGUUUGACGUGCGCAUCCUCGACCUCUCACGCAACGAAAUAGCUGUGCUGGGCGGGGACUCGACGGUCACCAGGCUGAAGCGACUGCAAAAGCUGUACCUCGAGUACAACGCGAUCGGAGCCGUCUCGGGAAGCGCCCUCACUGGUCUCACGGAACUGCGCAUGUUCAACAUAUCGUACAACAAGCUUCACUCACUGCCCGGCGAGCUCUUCGCCACCAACAAAGAGCUGCGCGAGAUCUACCUCCACGGCAACGAACUGCGCGACAUGGGCCCCGGCGUCUUCCACAACCUCGAACAGCUGCUCGUCCUCGACUUGUCCCAAAAUAAACUGACUGAGCAGCAUAUCAACGAGCACACCUUCGACGGGCUCAUUCGGCUCGUCGUCCUCAACUUGUCCAACAACGAAAUCAGUCGAAUCGGCGGCCGCAUGUUUAAGGACGUGUCGUUCUUGCAGAUACUAGACUUACGGAACAAUACUCUUAUGUACAUCGAGGACAAUACCUUCCUGCCGCUUUACAACUUGCACACCUUGAAUCUGAGUCACAAUAAGUUGACCAGCCUCAGCGCAGCGACGUUCAGUGGUUUGUUUAUUCUGAAUUCAUUGUCUAUGAGCUACAACGAAAUCGCUAGCAUCCACCAUCAAGCAUUCAGUAACUGUUCAGGUCUCAAAGAACUUGAUAUGAGCAAUAACUUGAUGGACUCUGUACCUGAGGCACUGCAAGCUCUUUCGUUCCUCAAGACGCUCGACUUAGGAGAAAAUCAAAUUUCUUACUUUCAAAACGGCUCCUUCCGUAACCUGAACCAGUUGACCGGCUUGCGGCUGUUGGGUAACAACGUCGGAAACUUGACGAAGGGGAUGUUUUGGGAUCUCACCAGCCUGCAGGUGCUCAAUCUGUCCAAGAACAAGAUCCAGCAGAUCGAAAGAGGUACGUUCGAACAUAAUUAUCAUAUCGAAGCUAUAAGGGUCGAUUCGAACUAUUUGACUGAUAUUAACGGCGUUUUCACGUCGAUUGCGACCCUUGUGUGGCUAAAUUUGUCAGAAAAUCAUCUAGUUUGGUUCGAUUACGCUUUUAUUCCGUCAAAUUUAAAAUGGCUGGACAUUCAUGGAAAUUUUAUUGAAGCACUGGGAAAUUAUUACGAAAUCCAGGAUAAAAUGCAUAUUAAAACAAUGGAUUGUAGCCACAACAAUAUAACGGAACUCAAUCCUCUGUCUAUUCCAAACAGUAUAGAGCUUCUAUUUAUCAACAACAACGAAAUAACUGUCAUUCAACCGUCAACAUUUGCAGAUAAGGUCAAUUUAGUGAGAGUUGAUAUGUACGCUAAUAAGAUUCUUUCGAUGGAACUAGACGCUUUACGCUUGCCUGUCAUGCCAGAAAACAGAUCUCUUCCAGAAUUUUACAUGGCUGGCAAUCCCUUCCAGUGUGACUGUCAGAUGGAUUGGUUACCGAAGAUAAACAAUAUGACAAACCCUAGGCAGUACCCGAGGGUGAUGGAUCUGUCGAGUAUUGUGUGUACAAUGACGUACGGCCGACACGGCUACGUUGUUAAUGCUAUAGAAGCCCAGCCAUCAAACUUUCUAUGCUCUUACGAAACGCAUUGUUUUGCCCUGUGCCACUGUUGCGAUUUUGACGCGUGUGACUGCGAAAUGACGUGUCCGGAGAACUGUACUUGCUACCACGAUCAGACAUGGGCUCACAACAUUGUAGACUGUACUGGACUGAAGAAAACAAUUAUGCCACCGCGCAUCCCCAUGGAUGCGACCGAAGUGUACUUGGAUGGCAACAAUUUCGACGAACUGCAGGAUCACGUCUUUAUCGGCCGGAAAAACCUCCGCGUCCUAUUUGUAAAUGCUAGCAACGUCAGAACGAUACAGAAUCGCACUUUUAAUGGCCUGCGCUCUCUCGAAAUUCUUCAUCUAGAAGACAAUAUGAUACGAGAACUGAAAGGCUACGAAUUUGAGCGUUUAUCGCAGUUAACAGAGCUCUACUUGCAGAAUAACAGGAUAUCUUUCGUGGCCAACAUUACACUUUUGCCGCUCAUGUCGCUGGAGGUACUGAGACUAGACAACAAUCGCCUGAUGACAUUUCCCGUAUGGCAGCUGAACUUGAAUGGCAGGCUGUCUGAGAUCUGGCUGGGCUACAACCCGUGGACGUGCAGGUGUAAGUUCCUACAAGCGUUGCAGGCUUGGGUCUCCGACAACGCACGCAAGGUGAUGGACGGCGAGAACAUAUGGUGCUAUAUCAAUGACACGAAACCGCCACAGCGACGGGAGAUCGAUUUCAAUAGCACCACCUGCAGCGAUUACUACGCCAGCGUUUCUGUUAUCCAGAGUAUCAUGAUAUCCGAUUAUCUCCCCAUGGUAAUCACCACACUUUCCGUGUUUAUCGUAAUACUGACGCUGACUGUCGUCAUGUUCGUCUUCAGAGAGCCAGUGAGAAUAUGGGUAUAUUCACGAUACGGUAUACGUCUUUUCGAAUUCAAAAGCGGCUCGAAACAGUUUGCAGAAGAGAGGGAGAAGUUGUACGACGGUUACGUGUGCUACAGCCCCAAGGAUGAGGAUUUCGUGCUGCACUCUAUCGUGGCAGAACUAGAGCACGGGGACCCGUCGUUCCAGCUGUGCCUGCACUAUCGCGACCUGCCGCACCAGGCCUACUUCCAGCACUCGACGUCGCCGGUGGUCCUGGAGGCGGCCGAGGCGAGCCGGCGCGUCAUCCUGGUGCUGUCUCGCAAUUUCAUGCAGACCGAGUGGUCGCGCUUCGAGUUCCGGUCGGCGCUGCACGAGGCGCUCAAGGGUCGCGUGUUCAAGUUGGUCGUCGUCGAGGAGAGCAGCAACCUGCCGGAAGCCGAGGAGGACCCGGACCUGCGGCCGUACCUCAAGACGGGCGCCCGCGUGCGCUGGGGAGAGAAGCGUUUCUGGGCCCGCCUGCGCUACGCCAUGCCCAACCGCGACAGCUACGCGCGCCACCAGCACCAUCACGCCAAGAACAGCAGCAUGUACCGGCGCAACAUCAACAACUACACGCUCGAGUCGACGAUGAGCAACGGCAACCAACACGGGAAUGCGAACGACAAGAACCGGCGCCUGCAGCAGCAGGGCCUGGGGCAGCUGGUGCCGCUGCAGCAGCUGCGGGCCAGCAGCGCGAGUGCCAGCAGCAACAGCGGCGACGCGCCGCCCAGCUACACGUCGCGCCGGGCGGCCGACGACUCGCCCGCCGCCUCCGCGGCCACGGCCGGCGCCGCCAGCCGCCCCAAUUCGGAGCACAUCUACUCGUCCAUAGACUCGGACUACUCGACGCUGGAGCGCGACGGCUCGGUGGUGCUGCGCGGCCUCUCCAGGCCGCCGUGGCGCACCGCCGCCACCGCCGUCACCGAAUCGGGCGGCGUCCAGGCCUACCUAGUCUGAGCCACCGCUCUCCCACCUGGAUCCAGGAGGUGUCGGCCGGCGCGGACCAGGGCAAGCUGCGACAACGUCGGGGAGCAGCGUGUGCCGUGGUCCUCCUGCAUGUUAACCAACAAACUACGCUGUGAUAUUAAUUUUAUUAUCUAUUCUUUAAAUCUAAUUGCCAAAUGUAGCUCGAAGAGACUUCCUUUUUUUACAUUUUCCUCUGCAACGUUACUAGUGUGUGAUUAUUGUGUAUUAUUAUUUGUAAAUACGUAAAGUGAACGUGUGAUUGCUGUAUAAAUAGCGCUACGAUAUUGCUAAUUGUUUGUCGGUUGUUUCCUUCAUAUUUCAGCCGAAUUCUUGCAUUCUCCCUUUAAAGAACAAAUUUCGCAAUUACUAAGCAGUAUUAUAUGUAUGAUGUGCUGACUGAGUCAUGACUUGUCGCUGUAGUGAAUGUACUUUUGCAUUCUUAAGCGUUUGAGUGUUUUCUCCAGACUGAAUAUUACCUGUAUUUGUUUUCAUUGUCAAUAAAUGUGUAUGCCUGUCUUUUAUUUAAUAA